AUGACCAGGAAUCACCAGGGACCAGGAACCAGGAGUCGAGAAACAAGGACCAGGAACCGAGAAACAAGGGCCAGGAACCAGGAGUCGAGAAACAAGGACCAGGAAUCACCAGGGACCAAGAACCAAGGCCCAGGAACCAGGAGUCGAGAAACAAGGACCAGGAAUCACCAGGGAUCAGGAACCAGGAGUCGAGAAAAAAGGACCAGGAAUCACCUGGGACCAGGAACCAGGAGUCCAGAAACAAGGACCAGGAAUAUCCAGGGACCAAGAACCAAGAAACAAGGGCCAGGCACCAGGAGUCGAGAAACAAUGACCAGGAGUCACCAGGGAUCAGGAACCAGGAGCCGAGAAACAAGGACCAGGAAUCACCAGGGACCAGGAACCGAGAAACAAGGGCCAGGAACCAGGAGUCGAGAAACAAGGACCAGGAAUCACCAGGGACCAGGAACCAGUUGUGAAACAAGGACCAGGAAUCACCAGGGACCAGGAACCGAGAAACAAGGGCCAGGAACCAGGAGUCGAGAAACAAGGACCAGGAAUCACCAGGACCUGGAACCAAGAAACAAGGGCCAGGAACCAGGAGCCGAGAAACAAGGACCAAGAAAAUUCAGGGACCAGGAACCGAGAAACAAGGUUCAGGAACCAGGAGUCAGGAAACAAGGAACAGGAAUCACCAGGGACCAGGAACCGAGAAACAAGGGCCAGGAACCAGGAGUCGAGAAACAAGGACCAGGAAUCACCAGGAACCAGGAGCCGAGAAACAAGCACCAGGAAUCACCAGGGACCAGCAACCGAGAAACAAGGGCCAGGAACCAGGAGUCGAUAAACAAGGAUCAGGAAUCAGAGACCAGGGACAAGGAACGGAAAAAUAAGAACCAGGAACUGAGAAACAAUGACCAGGAACCACGAAGCAUAAACCAGGAACCAAUGAUCAGGAAACAGAGACCAGAGUCCAAGAACCAUGGGCCAAGAACCACGAACCAUAGACAAGGAAACAGGAACCAAAGACCAGGAAACAGUAACUAA